AUGGAAGAUCUCGCUCGCCUCUCCUUCCCCCUCCUACUCUCGAUCUCCUCCCUUCUCUCAGUCUCCGGCCUCGAGUUCCACGUUGGCGGUCCCCGAGGCUGGGUCGUCCCUGCCGCCGUCGAUGAACCUGAGUACUACAAUCGCUGGGCGAUGCGAGAGCGCUUCCACGUCGGCGAUUCCGUCUAUUUCAAAUACAAGAAUGACUCGGUGGCGGUUGUUGACCGGGAAGCCUACCGCGAGUGCAGCCCGGCAGAUCCACUCGUCCUCUUCGAUAACGGAAACACCACCUUCCGCUUCGAUCGCUACGGCUUCUUCUACUUCAUCAGCGGCACCCCAGGGCACUGUGAGGCCGGGCAGCGCCUCAUCGUGCGAGUCAUGGUGCACCCUGCCACCUCUGGCGAGUCCGGAACACCGGCACCCGCCCCUGUCACUGGAGGAUCGUCCAGCUCUGGCUCGGGCUCAGGCUCAAUCCAAGCCAAGUCCGAUUCGCCUAGGACGAUUCAUGCAGGUUUAGGUUUGCUGAUCGGAACUUUGCUCACUGUUUUGCUGUUGGUUUAA